GUUUCUUUCAUUCAGUCCUACCGUGUACCAACUCACCAUCAACGCGUAUAUACCCAGAUUCCGAAGAUCAUUUCAAUUCACAUUAUCUUUAAUAAUUACCUACUUGUUUUUCUUUUUUUAUGUUUUUCAAAUAAAAAUUUGUUUCCUGUUUCUAUGACUUUCAUGUGAUAUGCAGCUUUCUAAUUCCAGGGUGGUUCCAAGAUUGCUACGGUCGCCAAACAAAAUAAACAUAUUAUCAUCAAAAAAGACAAUUUCUGUCGAUCAUUUUAAGCAAAAUUUUCUGGAUAUCGAAAAAAAAUGGAAAAAAAAAUGGGCUAAACAGUCGCCGUUUCCAGUCGGUGAGUCAGGCGAAAAUAAGUACAUUCUAAGUAUGUUUCCAUACCCAAGUGGUUCGUUACAUAUGGGUCAUGUACGAGUAUACACUAUAUCAGAUACUUUGUCUAGGUAUUAUAGGAUGAAAGGUUUCAAUGUAGUCCAUCCCAUGGGGUGGGAUGCAUUUGGUCUUCCUGCUGAAAAUGCUGCUAUUGAGCAUCACAUAUCUCCCAAGUCAUGGACAAAGUCAAAUAUAGAGAAGAUGAAGCGUCAGUUCGAAUACAUGAACGUUCAUUUUGAUUGGGAUCGAGAAAUCGUUACCUGUGAUCCUGCUUACUAUAAAUGGUGCCAGUACCUCUUUAUACAGCUUUUUAAGAAAGGAUUAGCGUACCAGGAUGAUGCUUUAGUAAAUUGGGAUCCUGUGGAUUGUACGGUUUUAGCGAACGAACAAGUCGAUUCACAGGGUCGUUCUUGGAGAAGCGGUGCUGUUGUGGAGAAAAAGAACCUUUGCCAAUGGUUUUUCAAAAUAUCUGAUUACUCCGAACAGCUUUUGAAUGAUUUAGACCAUUUACGUUCUUGGCCUGAAAAGGUAAAAAAGAUGCAGCAAAAUUGGAUUGGUAAGAGCAAGGGCUUAGAAAUUAAAUUCAAAACGAAUCAGAAUUAUACUAUAAAUAUCUAUACAACAAGGCCCGAAACGGUUUUUGGUGCUGCCUUUAUAGGGCUUUCAAAGUCUCACCCGUUAAUUCAGUCAGAAUCUCAAAAGGAUGAUACUUUAGGAAAUAUCCUUAAAAAUGAUUAUUCAAGUAAUGUUGGCUUUAAGCUUCCUAUCAUUGCUUAUAAUCCUCUCACUACUACACCGAUCCCAGUCUAUUAUGCUCCAUAUGUGGUUGAUGAACAUGGAACCGGUGCUGUUAUGGGAGUCCCUAUGCAUGAUAUAAGAGACUUCAGUUUCGCAACUAACAAUGACAUUUUUUGGUCCCCGAAACAUGUAGUUCUUCCUCCAAAAUCCGAAGCAGUAAAACACGAAUCACCUUAUACAGGAAUUGGUGUAAUGUCAGAAAUAUGCGGUGAGUAUAAGGGUAUGAAUAACCGAGAAGCCGCACUGAAAGUAUCAAAGGCAUUACAAAACCUUGAUACAGCCCAAUUAGUUACGAAAUACCGACUAAGAGACUGGCUCGUUUCGAGACAAAGGUUUUGGGGUACCCCAAUUCCUAUUGUGCACUGUGAUAGCUGUGGAGCAGUCCCUGUUCCUGAGCAUGAACUGCCCGUUGAAUUACCUGAACUAACGGAUAUAUAUGGUAAGGGAUCGUCCCCUCUGGCUAAUUUAGAGUCUUGGGUAAAAACUGAUUGUCCUCAAUGUAAGCAGCCUGCCAGAAGAGAAACAGACACAAUGGACACGUUUGUGGAUUCUUCCUGGUAUUUCUUUAGAUUUUUAGAUCCUAAGAAUGAAAAUCUCCCUUUUGAUCCGAAGAAAAUAGAAAAUGACAUGCCUGUUGAUAUAUAUAUUGGUGGCAUAGAACAUUCUAUUUUGCAUCUUUUAUAUUCACGGUUUUUGGCGAAGGCUAUGAAGGAUAUCGGGCUUUGGAAAAAUGAUAAUUUAAAAAAUGAGCCAUUUACCAGAUUGAUUACACAAGGAAUGGUUCACGGACCUACUUAUGUGAGUCAAUCGACCGGAAGAAUUCUCAAGCCAGAUCAAGUCGAAAAAAUAUCGGACAAUUUUGUCAACACUGCUAAUCCCGAUGACAAAGUGGAUUUAUGCUACUUCAAAAUGAGUAAAAGUAAACACAACGGAGUUGAUCCGGUUAACACCAUUUUACGCUGGGGUUCUGACGUGACAAGGGCACAUUUACUAUUUUCGGCCCCUGUUGACGGCGUAUUACAAUGGGAUAGCACAGGAAUCGUCGGUGCUGAACGCUGGCUACUUCGUUUAGCAACAUGUGUUCAAAACAUACAGCAAAUGACCCAAACUGAUGUGUCUAAUUUAUCAAAUAUGAAUGAUAAAACAUUGGAGUUACUAGAACAGACCCAUGGGUACAUGAAUGCUUGUGCAAAGAACUACGAAAAUAUCUUUUCUUUGAAUUUAAUUAUAUCGGAUUCCAUGAAACUAACUAAUGCCAUUCACAACUGUUUAAAAGACAAUAGUGCACCAAGGUCCGCAUUAAAGACAUCUGUGGAGGUAUUGGUACAAUGUAUUGCACCAGUUGUCCCUUGUAUUUCUAGUGAACUUUGGAAUUGUCUAGGACAUAAAGACUCUGUUUAUAAAAGUUGGCCUUCUAUGCAAAAGCCCGUAAUUACCAAAAAAACAGUUUCUAUCCCUGUUCAGAUUAAUGGAAAAUGGAGGCUUCAAGUUCAUGUUCCAAAUAAUUGUUUAGACGAGAAGCUGGUUAUGAAGGCUGUUUUGGCGCACCCGAAUGCACAUCAAUGGAUAGGAGACAAAAAAGUCGUAAGGACUAUUGUCAAACCCAAAGUUGUGAGCCUGGUUGUGAAAUAAUUAAUUUUCAAGUCUAAUGUUUUGAGUUAUUUAGCAUUUUACUAAUGUUGGUUUCCUUUGAAAUCAUGUGUAAUGAAUGAACGCUCGUUCACAGUUCUUGGUAUAUUGUACUUUUAAAUUUCAAUAAUUGAAGUUAUCUAUAUUAAAACGCUAUAAGUAUAAAAUCUCCUUUAUUGAUGAAGCGUC